AGACUUUUCUGGUGAAUCUAGCUUGAUCGCAGGUGUGUUUGCUUCUGGCUGCAGGUUCCCAGGACUUCCGAGCAGAAUCAUGACUGUUUCCUACUCUCUAGAGGUGGCCAGUGCCAGGUUUUGUGGCUUCUCCAGGCUCCUGUUCAGGUGGAAGGGGAGCAUCUACCGGCUGCUGUAUAAAGAGUUCCUGGUGUUUUCUUUUGUUUAUCUCUUCUUCAGCAUCUUUUACAGGUUCCUCAUGACUCCCAAGCAGCAGGACCUGUUCGAGCGCAUCGCCCUUUACUGUGAUCAGUUCACCAACACCAACUUCAUCCCUGUCCUGUUUGUUCUGGGUUUCUACGUGACUCUGGCCUUUAACCGCUGGUGGGGUCAGUACACCAGCUUCCCUCUGCCUGACAACCUGAUGAUGGUGGUGUCAGGAAACGUCCACGGCGCAGACGAGAGGGGACGCCUACUGAGACGAACCCUCAUGAGAUACGCCAACUUAUCUUCGGUCCUGAUUCUGCGCUCCAUCAGCACCAGAGUUCUCAAGCGGUUCCCAACUCUGGAGCACAUCGUGGAGGCUGGAUUCAUGACAACACAGGAGCUGAAGAAGUUUGAGUCUCUGCACUCGGAUUUCAACAAGUACUGGAUGCCUCUGACGUGGUUCUCCAACCUGGCGUCCAGAGCCAGAGAGGAGGGGCGGGUGAGGGACGACAUCUCUCUGAGGCUGCUGAUGGACGAGCUGAAUAACUACAGAGCAAAGUGCAGCCUGCUGUUCCACUACGACUGGAUCAGUAUCCCUCUGGUCUACACUCAGGUGGUAACCAUUGCGGUUUACUCGUUUUUUGCCUUCUGUGUGAUUGGCCGACAAUUUCUGAACCCUGAGAAAGGGUACAGCGGUCACAAACUGGACAUGUACGUGCCAGUUUUCACCCUGAUGCAGUUCUUCUUCUACACCGGCUGGCUGAAGGUGGGAGAGCUGAUAAUUAACCCAUUUGGUGAAGACGAUGACGACUUUGAAACCAAUCAGCUGAUUGACAGAAACAUUCAGGUGUCCAUGCUGGCGGUGGAUGACAUGUACCAGAACCUGGCUCCAAUUGUGAAGGACAAACACUGGUCCCAGAGACACUUCUCUGUCCCUUACACUCAGUCAACAGCAGCAGAGACUCUCAGACCAGUUUUCAAAGGAUCCACCUUCGACAUGAGGAUGAGUGCUGAAGAUCUUGAGAUUCACCAGCCGACAGAUGUGUCUGUAAACAAGCAGUAUUUACCACUUCAGAGCUCCAUUGCUGAUGGCUUUGAUGGUCUCCUGCAGAAGAGUAAAGGGAUCCUUCACAGAGGGAGCCUUCCUCAGCUGAUAGACAUCAUGACUCUCCCAGAUGAAGAUGAUGAGGCCAAUGUAGCUGACAAAGAUGCCACCAAUCACAAGGAACAAGUGCAGACAGUGGUUUCAGCUGCACUGUAAAACAUAUACUGAGAAAUAAGAAUAGUCAUCAUGUUUUUCUGCAAAGAAAACUUAACAAAUGUAAAUAAAACUUUUAAAAAUGC